GUUUUCAGUAUUUUGCUCUCGAAGUUCGUCGUGUAAUGUCCCUGCGAAGUGCGAGUUGAGGUACGCCUUUUUUUUCCCCGAGUGCACAGUGAUGACAUCGUGCAACAGGUGUUUGUGAACCGGUGAGCUGCUGUUGGACGGCCGACGAAACCUACUUGGCGGUGGUAAUGACAGGGUCAGCCGGCGGUUUACGUCCGGAACUUACUAGCUGAUCCGACGAUGGCCAAACUGGAGAUCAAAAGCAAAUUUGACGCCGAGUUCCGUCGCAUAUCGUUGCCUAAGACGGAUGUCGGCACUUACGAGCACUUCAGGAGUCUGGUCGAGCGCCUACACAAGCUGGUCGAAGUACCGUUUGUCUUGUCCUACACGGAUCCAAAAGAUGGUGAUUUACUACCGAUAAACAACGACGACAAUCUUGGACGAGCAGUGCUGACGGCUAAACCGCUGUUGAGGAUAAUCAUACAGCGCAAAGGAGAAAGUCUCGAAGAGUUGAACGGCUAUGGUUCGUAUAGACCUCGCAAUAUAAUAUCUACUAUACUAGGCGGAACUCCCAGUAAAGGAAAACAUUUAUGGAUAUCAAAUCCUCAGGAUUUCCGACAAGUAUCUGCAAUUAUAGAUGUAGAUGUAGUUCCAGAAACAUGCAGGCGGGUUCGACUGCUCAAACAUGGAUCUGAGCGCCCAUUAGGUUUUUACAUCCGAGAUGGUACUAGCGUUCGAGUCAGUCCUUCUGGUGUAGAAAAAGUUCCUGGCAUCUUCAUAUCGAGGCUGGUGCCGGGAGGUCUGGCCGAAAGUACCGGCUUGUUAGCAGUCAACGAUGAGGUCUUAGAAGUAAACGGCAUCGAAGUGGUCGGCAAAACUUUGGACCAGGUAACCGACAUGAUGGUGGCCAACAGUCACAAUUUAAUUGUUACCGUAAAACCGGCCAAUCAGAGGGCUACAAUGUCGGCACCAAGACGAGGGUCCUUGUCGAGAACUUCGCAGUUAUCUAGCGGCUCCCAGCAAUCGACACAUAGUGUUGCUACUACAGUUAACACUUCCGAAGAAGACGACCAAGACGAAGUAGUAGACUUAACUGCUGGACUAACGUUACAGGCAGCUAAUGAUUCCACUUGCACUACUAUUACUACCGAUCAAUAAUUUUAUGAUGUAAUAAGUGGUGUGUUCUUUUCAUAAAUAUUUUUCAAAUGUGCCUUAAAUUUUAUAAAACCAAUUUUAUUGUAAAACAUAAUAUUGGUAAGUUAAAAUAACAUACGUUGUAAGCAUUCCGGUUAUAAGAAAAAUAUACAUUUUUGUUCAGACACUACAUCAGAAUAUGUCUUCCAGAAUUUCUAUAACUAUACUAAAACAGGUUUAUCAAUGUAGUCUUACGAUACUUUAACUGUUUGCCAAUUUACACAAACACAACCUUGGUCUGUAUUAAAAAAAAAAAAACCAUUGUAUUGUACAUUAAAGUUUAUAAAAUAGUUUACUUACGUUUGAAUAUCUGUUAUGACAAUGACAAUUAUAAUAAUUAUUGUUCAUAUUUUUUUUAUCUUAAUAAGUCAAAAAUUGUUGCAUGUCAAAUAAUAGUAAAUAUUUUUUUUCAAAUUAUAGGAAUCAAACGCGCACGUGUAAACAAAGUUUCUUUCUUUAUUCUGAUCUCAGUUGCACAGUAUUUAAAUUAAAUGUUUGUAUUAUUAAAAGUAAAAAUAAAUUUGUGUAUUUACAUAUGGACAUCCCAUUAUAAAAAAACACAUUUCUCGAAUAAACAAUUGUUUUAAUUUUCUAUUAAAAUAUUUAAUUAUAGAACAAGUGUUAAAUAAUGUUUAAACGUUUAUAUUUUCCUAACCGUAUCAAAACAAAUUAAAACGUUUUAUUUAAUUAAAAAUUAACAUACAUUUUCUAUGCAUUUUCACCGUUUAAAUCAUAAUGAAAUAGUUUUUAUUUAUACACUGCACUGUAGCAAUUUUGUGACUAAACAUUGACAGACAGUUGGUGAUGAAAUAAAAAUUUUGUAACCAUAUAUUAUUCUUAUUAUUAUUGUUAAUCACUACUUGAUUUGUAAAUUUCUUCAAAGAAAUGUGAUUUCACCUAGUAUGCAUUUCCGUCCAGUAAUUAUUAUUAUUGUUUCUUGUUUAUCAUUAUUAUAAUAUAUUUACAAUUUUUUCUACAUAUAUUUUAUAUAAAUUUAAAAAUGUUCGUUCAAACGUAUUAUUAAUGGAAUUAUUGUGUCUUAAAAAACCAAAAACAAAUGUACAUAAAGUAAUUUAUUUUGUUGCAUAACUAUUAAAUCACAUAUCUAUUAAACUGACAUAUAGUAAAUUGUGUUUUGUUGUAAUCUUAAUAGUUUUAAAUUUAUAUUUACCUAUAUGUUUUUUUUUUUACAUUUAAAUUUGUAUUGUUACGUUAUAAAUUCGACCAAAUUUUUCGUACUAUAGACAUUUUUUUUUAUUAUAUUCUUUUAGGUUGUAGUUUAUUGUAUGAGAUCAUAGAAUAUAAUGUAAUCGGGUUCAUGUGAUAGAGUUUAUAGUUUUUCCCCGCUGUAGUUUCCUUAUUUGAGUAAACAAUCGUUUGUACACAAAACUAAUAAUUACCUUUUAUUUUUAUUGAAAUUUUUUAAUGUUAAAGUAUAUUUUUGAACAAUUUUCAUUUGUAUUUUAAUUUAAUAGCUAAAAAAUUUAAUUACUUUUUAGCCACCCAAUUAAACACAAAAUUAAGUUAUUUUGUGUGGCCACUAGUGUCGUGUAUUAUUCCAAUUUCCUCAAAUUUUCCGGAGACUACAAUGUUAUAAAACAACAAGCCACCAAUUGUGAUAUAAUAUAUUUUCCAACCUUAAAUGAAAAACACGGUAUAGUUUUUUUGGUAAAUGAUUUAUAUGUGUAUUGUUAUAUUUGUAUUGAAAAUUUCACACAAACGAGCUUAUUUAUUAUUUUUGUAAAAACUUAUUCAAACUGUAUAAGCCAUGUAUUUGCCUAUUUUUCUAAUUACGUGCAAUUGUUGUAUUGUUAAAUCAAUGAAUUUCUUAAACUCGUAAGAAAAAGAGCAUUUAGCUAGUGGUAAUUAUAAGGCAUUCGACUUACCACUAGUCUUAACUUUUAAAUUGUUUUAUAUAUUAACAUUAUUGACACUAAAAAUGUUGCCUGUUUGUCAGUUGGCGUACAUGACUUUAUAUCGUAUUGUUUAGGUGUUUUUCUGUAUGAUCUCUAUCAACCGAAUAACUUUUUAAAUUUAUAUUUCUUAAUGUAUAAUAUUGCAACCAGCUAUUAUAAUAUGUUGUGAAAAGUAGUUGGGGUGUAUAUGUACUUAAAACAUAAUAAUAUUGUCUAAGUAAACUACGGCUAUAAUUUUUUCUACCAAACACCUAAGUGCAGAUUAUCAAGUUUUAUUUAUUCUCUAUUACUGCAAUGUGAAAGAAAUAUUUUUUUUAAUUUGUCUGUACAUUCUAUGUACGCAAUCGAGUAUAUUUUAUUUGUAUUAUUAUUAUUGUUGUUCCAAUUUACAUUUAUAUUAAUUCUUUGAAAAAUUAUCAUUCUAUUAGCCUACACAUUAUGUAAAAACCAACAUCUCUUUUUUUUUUCGCUCUAUAAAGUACUGAGUGUCAAUAAAUUUAUUACCUAAAUCAUGUAUUAUGUAUGUAUAAUUAUUUAUUUUUAUUAACGUAUGUAUAUGUAUUAUUUUAUGAUUAUCGUCGAUGU